AUGAGCAUGCCCUGUGCUCACUUCUGUUUGUGUACUGUUUGUGUGCAUUUGUUUGGUUUGGUCUGUCUUUCUUGUGUUCCACCAUGAGCCACUCUCUCGCCUCAUCCUCAGCCUCUUCAUACCGCCGAACAUUCGGUGGUCCCGGCUACAUGACGGCACCCAUGUCCCGUGCCAUGUUUGGCCGAGCCUCCACCGGGGGGUCUGGCAGCUCUCGGAUCAGCUCCAGAGUCUAUGAGGUCACCAAAUCUGCUGCUUCCUCUCCAGGAGUUUCAAGUUACAGAGCAUCCUCCUCCAGUAUGCCGAACUUAUGUGCAGGCUUUACCCGCUCAUACGGCGGGAUGGGUGAGACGCUGGACUUCAGCCUGGCUGACGCACUCAACCAGGAGUUUUUGCAUACACGUACCAAUGAGAAAGUGGAGCUGCAGCACCUGAAUGAUCGCUUUGCCAACUACAUUGAGAAGGUUCGCAUGCUGGAGCAGCAGAACCAGACACUGGUGGUCGAGGUGGAGCGGUUAAGGGGGCGGGAGCCCACACGCAUCGCUGACCUGUAUGAGGACGAGAUGAGGGAGCUGAGGAGAGAGAUUGAAGUGGUGACCAACCAGAGAUCACGUGCAGAGGUGGAUCGGGACAACCUGGCUGAUGACCUGCAGAAACUGAAACUCAGACUUCAGGAGGAGAUUGCACAGAGGGAGGAGGCAGAUAACAGUCUGGCCUCAUUCAGAGCUGAUGUAGAUGCUGCGACUUUGGCCCGUCUGGAUCUGGAAAGACGUAUUGAGACACUACAGGAGGAGAUCGCCUUCCUCAAGAAGAUCCACGAGGAGGAAAUCCGUGAGUUACAGACACAGAUGCAAGAGACCCAAGUCCAGGUCCAGAUGGACAUGUCUAAACCAGACCUGACUGCUGCCCUGAGAGACAUCCGUGCCCAGUAUGAGGGUAUUGCUGCAAAGAAUAUUGCAGAGGCCGAGGAGUGGUACAAGUCAAAGGUGUCAGACCUGAACCAAUCAGUGAGCAAGAAUAAUGAUGCCCUGAAGCAAGCGAAGCUGGAGACCAUGGAGUACAGACACCAGAUCCAGUCCUACACCUGUGAGAUCGACUCCCUCAAGGGCACUAACGAGUCUCUCAUGAGGCAGAUGAGAGAUAUGGAGGAUCGUAACGGUCGAGAGGCUGGUGCUUUCCAGGAUACUAUCACUAGACUGGAGGCUGAGAUCGCAAACAUGAAGGAUGAGAUGGCACGUCACCUGAGAGAAUAUCAGGACCUUCUCAAUGUUAAGAUGGCCCUGGAUGUGGAGAUCGCCACCUACAGGAAGCUGCUAGAAGGAGAGGAAAGCAGGAUUGUGAUGCCCAUGCAAGCCUACUCCACUAUAAGCUUUAGAGAGACGAGUCCAGAGCACCACCAGAGAGCCUCUGAAAUGCACUCAAAGAAAACCGUCCUGAUCAAGACCAUUGAGACAUGUGAUGGAGAGGUGGUGAGCGAAUCUACACAGCACCAGCAGGACAUCAUGUAAACCUCAGACAAGGAGCAGCAAACUAAAGAAACAAACCAGGACAAAAAUAAAAGAUUUAAGACAGUUCAUCAUAUUCUGUACUUUUCCAUUUUCACAGAUCUUAAUGGUAAUACGAGCACAUCUGCAUGAGUGAGAGGAGAAAGGUGCCACUUUUUUUUCAAAUCUGUAUUUUUAGUAAGCGCAUUUGUUUACAUCAUUGCAUACAUGCAAGGUAGUUUAUCCUUUCUUAAAAUUUUAGAUUAGCAAAAGAAGAUGGAUGGAAGGAAAGAUGAGGUUUGGAAGGGAAGAAAGACCAGAGUCAAAAAGCUAAAUAGGCAAAAAUGAAAUGAUUAACUGUGUCAAGCAUAAUAAAGAAUAAACUCAAGACACCUAAACUG